AAAAAAACAGCCUGUUUGUACUGCCAGGUCAAAUUCCCUUCCCUGUGGUGUUUUCAUCCUCAGACUUUACACAGCCAGCUCAAAACGCGUGUCUUGCCUUCCCUCCCCAACCCCACUCCUCCAAGUUGUCACAGCCCUGUAAAACCUGCCAUAAGCAGCUCUGUGGAUUUUAUCUAGUUAUCAGCUCACCAGCUGCCAUUAAUUAGUUAUGUAGGAGAAUUACUUCCCUGGAUCACUGUGCUCAGGUUUCCACAUGAAAAAGACAAAGAAUAAGGUACAACAUUGAAGCAACAAAAAUCACAGUGAUGCAUUUAAAUGCUAUUGAAUACACUAAAAGUUUGGAAAAAAAAAAUGCAGCAAUACAGGUGAGGUUUUUAUAAGCAGCAAACACUACACAGAUGUGUCAUGGCAUUUUAUAAAUCUACGUGGAAGAGCACAUGGAAUACACUUAGUGAUAUUAAAAGAGGUAGAGCAGUUUGGCCUAUUACAGAAUUAUGGUUCAAUUAACAACAGACUUAAUUGCAAAAAACGUCAGUCACAAGAAUCGCAAAGAAGAGGACUUCGGACAGUACCUGCGAAAAAUGACUCAUCUGAAUUUAUCAGAUAAAAAUAUAGAUGCAAUUGGUGAUAUCUCUUUGUGUAGAAAUCUUAGAGUUCUGUAUUUAUACGAUAACCGAAUCAGUCAAAUCCAGAACUUGGGCUUUGCUUCAAAUAUAACACACCUUUACCUUCAAAACAAUUGUAUUUCAUGUAUAGAAAAUCUCUCAUCACUGAAAAACCUUGAAAAACUGUAUUUGGGGGGUAACUACAUCACUGUAGUAGAGGGCUUGGAUAAAUUAGAAGAGAUAAGGGAGCUGCAUAUUGAAAGUCAACAUCUCCCCCUUGGUGAAAAGCUUCUCUUUGAUCCAAGAUCUCUUAGGUCCUUGGCAAAAUCCUUGUCUGUGUUGAAUAUCAGCAAUAACAACAUUGAUGAAUUAGAAGAGCUGGCAGUUCUGGAAAAUCUUUCUUAUCUUAGAGCAGUUGACAAUCAACUUCAACAUAUGAAGGAUUUGGAGGCUGUAUUAAACAAAUGGCCAAAGCUACACAGGAUGGAUCUUGCAGGAAACCCCAUCUGCCACAAACCGAAGUACAGGGACAGGAUUGUUGUACAGUCUCAAACUUUAGAAUUCCUUGAUGGGAAGGAAAUUAAAGAAAUGGAAAGACAGUUCCUAAUGAAUUGGAAAGCCUCCAAAGCUGCCAGGAAAAAAAGCAGAGGAAGAAUGACAAAUGAACCCGCAGACUAUCAACAUUUUUCUGGCUUUGAAACACUGUAUCCUAUUCUUCCCUUUUACUACAGUCCAUCUCUGAAACAAAAACCAAAUUUUUUAAUUUUGUCCGAGAUGCACAGACGAGAACCUCUGCCAAGAACCACGGAAAAAAAAUAAAUCAGAGGAAAACUCAGGUUGAGGAGGAGCCUGAAGUAAUGGCAAAACUCAGCUGAAUUCUAAGAGCCAGAAGUUACAGGAUGCACAGUCGGUCAUUAUUUUUUUUUUGUUUUGUUUUCUUCUUUUUUUCUUCCUCAAAACUUAAAAAGAAAGGUAUUGGCAUCUCUUUGGAUAUGUAAUUUGUGUCUUUCUAAUCUUAAAACCAGACAAGAUGAAGUUGAACUUAACACUGCCUUUUAUGACCAUUCCACAAUACAAGGUGUCGGCCCAUUUAUUUAGAAGCAGUAUUUUGUGUUAUAAGCAUGUAAAAAUAUUAGCACUUGGUUGGCUAAACCGGUGGCCUUUUCCUUGAACUUCCUCAAAAAAGGAGUUGUUUUUAGUUACUGUCUUACCUGGUUUGUGACCUGAGUGAGGUCACGAGGCUGGUUCCCUCUGUGUAGGAUACUCUUAACAAUUAUGCAGAGGCAUGCUAAUGGUCUCGUACUGCAAGAAGAAAGGAGCUAUUAGGACACUAUUUUGGAGAAGAUCUGUACAAGAUCUGUAAAAUAUAUUUUCCACCAUUUUAAUUUUUCCACUUUUUGGUAAAUGAUGUGGAGUAGUUUGAAAAGAAGGCUCAAUGACAUUAAUGAGACCUGUACUGAUGAAUUUUGGGAUUGGGAAUAUUACAAAUGAAUUUGACUUUGAGUUCUGCUUUAAGUAGCUGGGACUUGAGUUUGGCUGCUUUGCGCUAGUUUGAGUAACUAAAUGAAAGCUCGAGACUUCAGAUAUAGGAAAAUCUAGAUGUGCAGAUAAGGAAAGCUUGGGCUGUAAAUAGCCCCUGGAAUGAAAUCUUUCCUAGUGGAGUGUCUCUGUAUGAAUGUCAGCUCAACAUCUCAUGCUUGAGACCCUCUCUGAAAUAAGAAAGGAAUCUUUCCCGCAUAAGGAAAUCAGGAUCUGUCUUUUUUGCAUUUAAUAUUUUGUGUAUUGAUACCAUUUAUAUUUUAUCGCCUUUUAGUAAAUGUGAAUCAAA